CGGGCGGCGGCGGCUCCGGGACGAGUGGAGCGCACAGGGGUCCCGAGCGGCGGCGGCGGCGGCGGCGUAGAGGAAGAAGGCGGCGGCGGCGGCCCCGGCGCCCUCCCGGCCGGCGCGCGGCCCGGCCCGUCCCGCGCCCCCGCGGCGGCCCCGCGGCCCAGCGCGCCCCCGACCCCGGGCCCCGCCGCCGCCGCCGCCAUGGCCCGGCCGCUGGUGCCCAGCUCGCAGAAGGCGCUGCUGCUCGAGCUCAAGGGGCUGCAGGAGGAGCCGGUGGAGGGCUUCCGGGUGACCCUAGUGGACGAGGGUGAUCUGUACAACUGGGAGGUGGCCAUCUUCGGGCCCCCCAACACCUACUACGAGGGCGGCUACUUCAAGGCACGCCUCAAGUUCCCCAUCGACUAUCCGUACUCCCCACCGGCCUUCCGGUUCCUGACCAAGAUGUGGCACCCCAACAUCUACGAGACAGGGGACGUGUGCAUCUCCAUCCUCCACCCCCCCGUUGAUGACCCCCAGAGCGGGGAGUUGCCCUCAGAGCGGUGGAACCCCACCCAGAAUGUCAGGACCAUCCUGCUGAGUGUCAUCUCGCUCCUCAACGAACCUAACACCUUCUCACCGGCCAACGUGGACGCCUCUGUGAUGUACAGGAAGUGGAAAGAGAGCAAAGGCAAGGACCGGGAGUACACGGACAUCAUCAGAAAGAGGAGUAAGGUCUGUGCAAAGCUGCGUUACGACCCCGGUCGAGGUCUGAGUGUUUACUGCAGAGGAGCGGGGGCGGCGUCCCCAGCAGCACCCACAGGAACGUUCUGGCCGCAGUCCUGGCAUGUACCCACAGGGUCGUCCCUGGGUCGGGGGCAUGCCUGGCUGUCAUGGAAGCAGUACCUCGGAGGCACAGCAGGACCCCCGGGGCUGAGGGGGCGGUGCCACGGGACAUCCGUGUGUCAGAACUCACCGCUGUGCCCUUGAAAUUGGCACAGUUCUGUGUGGAUAAAGCUACAGGAGCUCACGCGGGUGAGGAGGUGACGCCUUCGUGACAGAGAAACAAAAAGGAAGCCCCGUGAUCUUAGCAGGUCACCGAACAGUUACCAUUUAGGUGGGGCCUUGCAGACACCCGCACGUGCCGCUGCCCUGAGACCAGCACCCUACCCCCGCCCCACCCUCCCGGCCACCUUCCGCAGCUGCUGCUCUGCCUGACCUCGGAGGCCCGUCUGCACGGGCCGGCCUCCCGCACACACACGCAUGCACACGCUGUGCAUCUGCCAUCGUCCCCCACCCCCACCCCGUUAGUCCGUCUCCCUGUCGUCUGCAGACCCCUGGGUCCCUGUGCACCAGGUGCACCUGGAUGGGGGAGAGCGCCGCCAGGAGCCUCGUGUCUGCUCCGUUUUCUGCUGAUUUUGCUUCUCUUUUCUCAGAGUGAAACCACGUCCUCCUUCGGUGGCUCUGGCCUGUUUUUGCUGGGUCUGUGGUGGUUUCUGUGAGCAGCGUCUGAACGAUGGGUACAGGGUUGCUCAUGCGAUCCGAGUGCCUUUUCCCCUAGCAGCACGCACAUGCACACACCUGGCCCUAUGGUGACCCCGUGCCCGCAGAGCGGCCCCUUCCCACGGUUCCUUGUCCCCCUGUUGUCCCAGGAAAGCUCUCCCCCAAGGCCAGGCAGUACCAGCUCUGGGGCUGUGCCAAUGAGCAGCAGCCGGGCUGGUGGUGGCUCCCGGGAGUGCCAGUCAGGCUCCUGCCGGGGGGGACCCUCCCUGUGUGGCUGGACUCCUGAGGGUCCUGCCUACACUGCCUCGCCCCAGUUCUUUUCCCAGGCACCGCCCACGGGGCGCCAGAAUUAAGAGCAGACUGUUUUUAUCCCUUGUGGCUCUGCAGGCCGCUCACAUGUGCCCACGUGAGGGAGGCUGGGAUGUGAGCUGCUGCCCCCCCCCGCCGCCCCCCCCCGAAGCCAUGUUCCCCACUCGCUCUGCCAGCAGGUGCGUUGACAGGAUGUGUUGUCCUUGGCCCUGCAGAGUGUCCGUCUGGGGGUGGUUUGUGCCCCUACGUCGGGCUCUAGGUGGGAGUCCCCCCACCUCAGGAGCUGUGCUAUGCCCAGGGAGCCAGUACGCUGGGCUGAGUGCGAGCCCUGUU